GUCGUUCCCACGGCCAUUUAACCUCUACUUGACAAUCGUCCACGUGCCUUAUUCGUCUUUCUGCUUCCGUUCACUAUGGGAUUCGGUAUUUUUUUUACACUUGUAUUCAUCGCUGUGGGCUAUUGUUUGGAGUGUCCGAAAUGUCAUUUUGCACGCAACACCAAUGAAUGUGUGCUCCAUAAUGAGACCUGCAGUAACUUUGAAGACGAGUGUAUCGGCAGAGUGGACGAGUGGAAGAUCACUAUGGGAUGCGGAACAGCAAAGAGGUGCGCUUAUGAAGCUCUCCAGGCCAAUGUGGACUGUCGGGGCACCAAGGCUCUAGGGGCAAGUGACAAAUGCGUCGUGUGCUGCACGGGGGACACGUGCUUCCAGCGGCUCGACCACGUACAGAAAGCACUCGACCUGGUGCCCAAGGUCCUUCACUGUCCAAUUUGCAAUGACGAGGCGGAUCCCCAGAACUGUCUUGAUAAUAUACAACCCUGCCACGCUACUUCCCUGACAUGUGAAGUAGUCAAGCAAAGGGGGCGGUACUCUUCGAAAUGUGCAGUCAACAGCACGUGUAUGCACGACCACAAGAGGCACCCCGGCACCCCUGACUGUCUCCACGACCCCCGCCUCUGCAGCGUGUGCUGCAACGACUUCUCCUGCCUGGAGUACAUCCUGGGGGUGCCUCCGACCUCGCCAUUCAUUACCCCGGGGAUUGUGCCAGGAGGACACAACUCUACCACACCCACACCUACAGCAUCGUCCAAUCCACUGACGGAGCCACCGUUAACGACGUGUCGGGACGACACUCUGUUCCCGUGUCAUACUGCAGUAGGUGCCGCCUGUACCGACCCCGACAUCUCCGUUAAGUUCUGCCCCCGUUCCUGUGGAGCCUGCCAAGCGGCACCUACAUCUGCUGUAACGAUGCCUCCUACGGCAACGACACAGGCGUUAACUUCAGAGGCGGCAACAAAACUGGCUACCGCUACAGACGCGGCAACAACAAUCUCGGCAAUGACACAGGCGGCAACCACAGACGCGGCAACUACAACUACAACUACACCAAGACCCCCACAACCUCUUCAGUGUCCUUCCUGUGACCAUGUUGGCAACAUCCACGACUGCCUCACCAAAACAACAACCUGUCACCACAGCAACGACAUUUGCAAGAUUUCAGUUUCUAAAUGGCACAUCAAGUCGGAAUGUAAAGCUGCUUUCGAUUGCAGUUCUGAGAGCAUCCGUUCCAGCAUCAACUGCACGGGCGGUGUCCAGUUCGGCCCUUCCGAUAGAUGUACUGUGUGUUGUACCGGCGACGAGUGUCGCACCUCAUUGAUGCAAAUUCAAAAAGGGUUUGACGCUAUUCCGAAUGUCCUCCACUGCCCGCACUGUAAGCACGAAAGCGAUCCUCAGAAAUGUAUUGACACCUUUGAACCGUGCGAUAGUCAUCAUGGGACGUGCGAGCUGACUCUGGAGCAUGGCUUGUUUUCUGCCAAAUGCGAGAGCAAUGAACACUGUCUCCAUGACUUCAACCGACACCCCGGCGUGGCAGACUGCGACAGCAACACUGGGAAAUGUACGACCUGUUGCCAUGACUACGCAUGUGUCAAUCGGACAUUAAGCUUGCAGACCACGCCCCUUCCACAGACAACCGCAUCAGGGUCAACAGCAAUGGCUCCUGCGUCAUCCACUCCAGCGGCCGUGGCGACUACGCCGACAGCAGUCACUACAUGUAAAGACAAAGACCUGUUCCCUUGCCAGGUUUCUGCUAGUGCCACCGCAUGCGGAGAUGCCGCCUUUGCCAGCGAAUUUUGCCCUCUCACCUGUGGUGUCUGCAAAGUGACAGAUGUGCCUACCACGGCAGCCGCCACCACACGCGUCCCGAAGGGGAUGUGUAGGGACUCCACUCUGUACCCCUGCCUCCUGAACAUCGCAAGCACCUGCCCAGAUCCCGACCUGGCCCUACUCUUCUGUCCUUUAACAUGCGGCCUGUGUGAAGCGGGAACGGACAUGACGUCACCAGCCACCUCACCUGUGGUUACGGGGUCACCGGUAACAGGAGUUGUGCCCAGCCAGCCCAGCCUGAUGUGUCCAGUCUGUAACAACGCCGGCAACGCCCACGAGUGUCUGGGUCAGACACGUGCCUGCACCAGCCAUCAAGAUGUGUGCAUGGUGACGAUGAAGGAGUGGCGGAUCACCGCAGGAUGCUCCCAAACCAAGUACUGCGAAUUCCAACAAACACACCGGAGCUCCACCAACUGCACCGGCGGUCGUGCAUACGGCCCCACCGACAAGUGCCAUGUCUGCUGCACGGGGGAUCAAUGCAAACAGGACUUAAACCUUAUUGAGAAAAGUCUUGAGAGCAUCCCCAGCGUCCUGCACUGCCCUAGCUGUAGAGAUGAAGCUGAUCCCCAACUGUGCCUCGAUUACUCGGAAGCUUGUCUACCGUCGGCCAUUAAUUGCCGUAUCAGCAAAACUAAUGGCCGUUACUCCGCAGAGUGUAACUCGGAUCAAAGCUUGUGCAAUGCCGGUAACCCUGUGACCGACUGCCUUGAUAACAGCACCCAGCCAUGUCAAACCUGCUGUUUUACUGGAGACUGUGUCAGGCAGUCCUUAAGCAAGCCGACAGCAGUGCCCGUAUUGACCGUCCCGGCGGACUGUAAGGAUGACCCGACCUUCCCGUGUGUCCAGUCAGCCGCCUCAGUCUGUGGUGACCCAGACUUCUCGCGCCAGACCUGCCCCAGCACGUGCGGACACUGUGGGGGGUCCACCAUGGCCUUCACGACACGUAACACCAGCCCCGAGCUCUCUACGAACCCGGCCGUUACGAUCAACGUCCCUUGCAUAGACGACCCUACCUUCCCCUGCACCACUGCCAACAUCUGCGACGACGUGGACUUCGCACAUCAGACUUGCCCUAAGACGUGUGGACAUUGUUAGACAAGGCUUGGUGUCAAGUGGGAUAAAAGUAAAGCCAGUAAUAAAAACAACAUACAUUUC